AUGUCAAAGAAAACAAACUUUUUCGGCUUGUUGGUAACAGGAUGUUUACUCUCGGUGCUUUUGUUCUUCAAUGGGGAAUACGGCAGCCCCUCAAAGCACGAAGUGCAGCCGUCGGCAGCUUUUCACGAGUCAAAGGAAAAUAAUACCACAGCUGAUAAGAAAGAACAUGAUUCUGCAUCAAAAGAUAUCGAAAAAAUCCUUAAUAUGCAGAGAGAAUUAAUCAUCAAAGACAUGAAGAACUACGAUUAUCCCAAUGGAAAAUACAAUAUCAGUGCCAGCAAACUUGAGGAUUUGGUGAUGGAAAAUAACGGAACACCGAUCAGAAGUAUAAUUGUAACAACGUGGCGAAGCGGAAGCACAUUUUUCGGCGAUAUUCUUAACGCAAAUCCAGCAAAUUAUUAUCACUAUGAACCGCUGCUGGCUUUCGAUAUCGUUCAAGUCCGAGGUCCUCCCUUGUCUUCGAAGGCUUUGAAGUGGGUCAAGGAUUUGCUCAACUGCGAAUACGAAGACCUAGGUGAAUAUAUCGACUACGGAAAACCACAUCCGUGGGUUUUUAAUCACAAUACGAAUUUGUGGAAGCAGUGUAGACAUCACAAAGAGGUCUGCUAUGACCACAAAUUUCUCAGCUCGAUGUGCAAGCUCUUUCCAUUCCAAUCGAUGAAACUUGUACGAAUGAGGUUACGAAUCGCACAGGAGCUUCUUGCGGAUGAAAAAUUAGCCGUACGCAUAGUGCUGUUGGUGAGAGAUCCUCGAGGGAUUCUUCAGUCGAGGAAACAUCGUGACUUUUGUCCACCAAGUCCUGAUUGUUCCGAUCCAGCUUUGACGUGCGCGGAUCUUGUCUCAGAUUACAAAGUUGCUGUUGAACUGCUGAAGAAAUACCCAACUAGAUUCAAAGUGAUACGAUACGAAGAUCUUUCCCUGGAUCCGUACAAGUAUGUCGAAGAACUUUAUAAGUUUUACGGACUCUUUUUUCAUCCGGAAACGAAAAAAUUUCUUGAUAGUCAUACCAAAGCCAGCAAGGGUGGAGUGUCGAGUACUUUUCGAGAUUCAGCAGCAGCUCCGUUUCAUUGGAGAACAGAAUUGAAAUUCGAGGAAGUAGAAGAAAUACAAGAAUCUUGUGUAACUGCUAUGAAAUACUGGGGUUACGUUCCAGCAAUGAACGCCACUCAUCAGACGGAAUUCAAACCUGUGACAGACUUUUUGUUAUAAUUGUAAGAAUGGAAGAAUAUGCCGCACGCUGAGGAACGUAUAUUAUUCGCAACGAAUUGUACAAGUGCAUAUCAUUUCUAUUCGCCAAAGCUAUUCACGUAUUUAUAUCGAUUUGCAUGGUUUCGAUAUUUGAACAAAAACGAAUAUGAAUGGAAAUUGGCUCAAGCAAGACAGACUCAAUUUCAUCACAGCUGUGAAUUUAAAUUUUUACAACCUGAUCAAAUUACCUUCACAGGGGUGAAUAGAUAGGAAAUUAUACUGUAUACAGAUUCGACAGAAAUGAAAUGUCGGUUUACGCGUGGCUCGGAGUCUACAUUUUCACCCAAGACUCCCGGUAUAUAUAUUCUUCUUCUACCCUUCUAAUUUUCCACAGUUGGAUUACUUCGUUUCGUUCCGAAAACCCAUUUAUUGGCAUUGCAAUCCGACUUUUAGACCAAUGUUAUCAACUUGGCACGGUUAAGAACUGUGAAUAUUGUUCUAAAAAAACAACCUCAUCAAUUGAUAGUCAAUUCACAAUCGAGCUAAAUUUUGAACUGCAUUCUCGAGGAGUUGAUCUAAACAUUUUCAUAUCGCGUGAAAUUGGAUCGCGUGAAACUUGACUUACUAUGCAAUUUCAUUAAAAGAAAAACAGAAGAAAAACGAACCACCAUUACGUCGCGAAAUGUUUAAUUGCAAAAAGAAAAAAAUCAUCGUAAAAAAAAAAAUCUCAUGUCAAACGCCGCACAAUUUCUUACACAACCUACACAAUCGUUUAUAUAACGUAUUGUAUGUAUAGAUAGUUGAAAUAAAUAAUAAAAUUACG